AUGACGCGAAUGGAGGAGCAGACUGGGUGGCUCUGUGGUUCCGGGGGGAACCUGGAGAGGCCCGGGCGAGCUCGGCGAGGGGGGGCCCCCUCCACACCCCGGUUCCCGCCGCGGCCCGACCCAGAGGUUAACCCCUUCGGCGCCCCCCGUUCCCGGGCGUGCCUGGACCGCUGCGCCCCACUGGCCGCCCCGAACCCGGGUCGUCGAGGGCUCGGGCGGCAGGAGUGCGGAGGGAUGGCAGAGGCCCGGGGCCUAGUCCCGGGCAGCGUGUCCCGGCGCCCGCCCUCCCCCACUCGCACGCUCGCUCUCGGGCUAGGGCGCGCCCGACCGCCCGCACGCCCGCACGCCUGCCCUCGCGCCCUUCCCACCGCAGCCCGCACCCUUUCCCGACGCCGCCUGGGCAGGAGGUACCUGCGGGCUGUGGAGGGCCAUGGCGGCCCGUUUCAAUGGGACUCGGCGCGCCGCUUGACUCCUCACGCCGCUUCCCCCGCCGCCGCCAUCUUGUCACCCGCACAUACACACUCGCCGCGGCUGUCGCGCCUGCGCAUUGGCCUCCGCGCCGCUGGCAGGGAGAGACCAGGCGCGUAUGCGCCGUGCGCCUGCGCGGCCGACAGCCUGCUGCGGCCCGCUGCAAGCCGGAAAGGGAAAGGACAGAAAGGCGAAGAUGGCUCCGCCGAAGCGCUAGAUGAGAUCCGGGCUGCGCCUUCGCUGGGAGCCUACAUUGGCGGCCGUGGCGGGACUCAGGGGCUUUCGGACCUAGAGCCAAGGCCCGAGGACGCCCGGGUCUCACUUCCUAGACCUGCUUCUCCGAAGUGA